AUGACCGCUACUCCCUCUGUGGCUCCGGCCGUGCCUCCUGCCCGUCCGCCAGCCCCACGCCCCAAGUCGGUGGCCUUUGAUACUGAGUCGCCGAACUCUGCUGUUAUUGCCUCGUCUACUCGUCGUCCGUUACGCUCUAAUACUACCGAUCCCUUGUCCGACCGAGCAACUUCGCUUCUGAUACGUCGCACCCUCUGCUCCCCUCAGCUUGGAGAGAAGAGCCGCGAUUCGCAAGUGCCUAUCGACGAGCUGCUUCCACCAUUGACCAGUCGCAACGAUGUCGACCUUCAGUUGUACGCCCUUCUCGCUAUUGUCAUGAGAGAAUUUGUGCAGAGCUGGUAUAGCAAAAUCACUACGGACGAACACUUUGUAGCAGAGAUAUUACACAUUAUUGCCCACUGUUCGCGAGCCUUGGAACAGCGGUUUCGCAAAGUUGAUCUGGAGAGCCUGGUGUUGGACGAGAUACCUGACUUGCUGGACAAGCACAUAACCGCUAUCGCGAGACAGCCUGUUGAGGUCGACCCUCGAGAGGCCUACCACGCCAUGUGCCCUCUCCCACACCUUGCGCCAGUCCCUCACCCAGAUUUCCCAGACACGAUAUCCGACCAGAAAGAGAAUGAAGCGUUGUAUCGCCAAUUGCUGGUUCAGGGUGUCCUCGCGAUCCUAUUGCCCACAGAAGACCUCGAGAACCCUUGUCUCACGUCUCUCGUUGAACAGAUCUUUUCGGAGCUUAUCAUUGGUAACGUUAUAGCCAAUAAAGCCUCUCAGCCCUGGAUGCUGUAUGAGGGCAUCUGCAUCACGGCCAGGGUUUUGCGACAGAGAAAUGACCAAGGGGUAGUGGUUGCAGAGAGCCAAAACGAUUCUGGUGGACCCAAGGUUGACGUAAAGGGCCGUCGCAGCUGGUCUGUAAGGUCUAUGUUCCUCGGCGUCAUCCAGCUUGGGAUGCUGGUAGUUGCCUCGCUCCGGUUUAUCACGACUGCUCUGGUGAUGGCAUCGUCUCUUCCCGCUAGAGCCACGCCCUUAGACGAAAAAGAAGCUUUGCUGGAUCACGACAAGUCUCCGCCAAGGUCAUUCGACCCCGUCAAGGCGCCGAUCCUAUCGUGUCGAGUAUGGACAUGUCUUGGAAAUCUGUUUGAGCUCAGCUUGCGCAUGCCUUGGCUGGAUGGAUUUCUAUCACUUUUACAAUACGGCGCGGUCAACGGACCUGGACGAAUCGCUGGCCACGAUGGCCCUAUUGACAGACAGUAUUUACCUCGCAUGAGUUUCAAGUCACUGGACCUCCUGAAGCUCCAGUGA